UCUAAUCACUCGCCUUAUCUUUCUCUCUUUUCCUCUCUGAGCUCAAGGACUGCUAUCUGAGACUCCCAAACCAAACCUGCUACAUGGGUCCCCCGCCGCAUCGAUUUUGCUGCGGAACUUUUCGUCCCGUCGUGUUGCUUCCGCUCCGAUUCGUUGCCUUUUCUUGUAAUCAUUCGAGCUUGAAAUGACCAGAGAUGGAGUCUACCGUAAAGAUCACUUCUUGGGGGCUUGGAUGGGGAUUUCUUAUGGUUUUAGUUGGAUUUGUGGUUUAAAUUUGGUGUUUUGCGGUUCAGAGCGGUGGAUUCUCCCCUAAGAAGUUGCGGGCGAUGCUGCUUGGAGUGGAGAAGAGGAGGAAGGAAGAGGAGGAGCUCGAAUCGAAGACUUCUUUGAGAUCCGAACCCUCUGAGUUCGAUGACGGGAAAUGCUUUGGUGAAAUCUUGCAGGGGCCAGUGCGGCGGAUAGCUGCAAGGAUGUAGAGUGCUCCACCUCGUCGGAGAUGGCGAGCGGCCACAGAUCGAGAGAUCACGCGAUGGGGUUUCCGAGGGUUAAGUCACAAGAAGAGGACUCUUUCGAAGCGGAGAAUGUGUCAUCUGGCUUCGAGUUCCAGAAGGCGGAGCGAACGCCGCCGCACCGGUUGACGGCUGCAGCAGCGUUCGUGCCGCCGUUCUCGAAGCCGGCACCGUCGAAAUGGGACGAUGCACAGAAGUGGAUUGCGAGCCCCACAUCGAACCGAGGUGGGAGUAAGGCCGGUGGAGGGCACGCGAGGAGGGGAGGUUUGGCGGGAUACGUCAGCCGACAGGCUGCGGCGAAGGUUGUUUUGAAUGUCGUAGAGGAAGCAGACACUAAGAGGGUGGACGGGAGCCAAGCGAAGAAGGAAAUCAGUGGGAUUAAGAGCGUGAAUUGGGUUGGAGAGCCUCAUCCUCGUUUGGAUUUAGGGGUGAAGCCUACGGUUGUGGUGGAGAAUCCUGUGGUUGAUUCUGCUGUGAAUCUUAGUUGGCAUGAUUCAUCCACAUCUAUUCAGAGUGCAACUGCAUUUAUGACACCCGCACCAACUGUUAGGUCUGUAUCCAUGAGAGAUAUGGGCACAGAAAUGACUCCUAUUGCAAGUCAGGAGCCUUCUCGCACAGGAACUCCCGCGGGAGCAACUUCACCACUUUACAGCCCAACUUCUUCCCGGCCAGCAACUCCACAAAGAAGAGCUCCAGUUUCAACCCAGACUGACUCAGCUGACUGCCAUGACGAUUUGAACGAUAAGGAGAUGUCCGAAAAGGAGCUACAAAGGAAAACUAGGAGGGAAAUAAUGGUGCUAGGCCAAAAAUUGGGCAAGACAAACAUAGCUGCAUGGGCCAGCAAGGAAGAAGAUACUGAUGCAUCAAUUUCAACUAUGACUGUGUCGAAGGAUCAGCCAGACAAAAGUGUCAUCGAAGUGCGUGCAGCAGCCUGGGAAGAAGCAGAAAAGACCAAGUAUCUUGCUAGGUUUAAACGAGAAGAGAUCAAGAUCCAAGCAUGGGAAAAUCAUCAAAAAGCUACGAUUGAAGCUGAAAUGAGGAAGAUUGAGGUAGAGGUGGAAAGAAUGAGGGCCUGUGCACAUGAGAAGUUAAUGAACCAGCUAGCAGCUGUAAGACACAAGGCUGAAGAUAAACGUGCUGCGGCCGAAGUCACAAGGAAUCAGCAAGCUUCCAAAACUGCUCAGCAAGCAGAGUACAUCAGAAGAACAGGUCGAAUUCCUUCUUCAUUUUCCUGCUGGAGUUGGUGCUCCUAGUGCACCUCAGUUUGAAGGAACAAUCCAAGUUUAGUGUGACAAGAAGAAGUUUUCUCGGCUCGACAAUGCUGUAGUCUCAGAUAUGCCCGUAUCUUUAUAGAAUAUGAUGUGAAUGGAGAAUGAGUAGGCAAUGACCCCAUUAAAGAAACCAAGAGUGGAAUGUCUUCUUCAUGGAUAUCAUCACAGCAAUCUCUUCUGGGUGGUGUUAUCGAACUGUCGAAAGUUCUACUGACACGGGGGAAGCAGGUCACAUCUUCCUGUCCUCUCUGGUCUGUCAUACAGUGGAGGUGCAGUGUCGUCACAACGAAGAGCUUAUUUUGUCGUUCAAGCCAUUCUCAUUCCAACAUAUAUACCUCUGUCAUCCAAUCUGCAGCUUUUAGACACUUAAAGAUAAUUGAGAAUUAAUAAGAUGAUUAAUUCAGGAAGAAGGAUUCUGAUGUGUUGAUACAAAGUAACAUAAUAACAUUCUAUUACCAGUCAAAUAAAACUGUGUCCUUAGGUUAAAUUCCAAGGAUACUUCUCACUGUUACUUA